CGGGGCGGGAGCUGCGGGGCGGGCGGUGGUUCCCGUCCUCCUCCUCCUCCUCCUCGUCCUCCUCCUCCUCCUCGUCCUCCCCGCCUUCAUCUCGUCCUCAUCCUCGUCCUGGUGCCGCUCGUGGCCGCCGCGGGCUGUCCCGGGUUUAAGUUUCUUUUAUCAUACAAGUUCUUCACUGCCAUAAUGAGGCUAGUAAUUCUUGAAGAUUACGAUCAGGCUAGUGAAUGGGCAGCCAAAUACAUCUGUAAUCGUAUUAUCCAGUUCAAGCCAAGUCAAGGAAGAUACUUCACACUUGGUCUACCAACAGGGAGUACACCUUUGGGAUGCUACAAAAAGCUGAUAGAAUAUCACAAAAAUGGAGAUCUCUCUUUCAAAUAUGUAAAGACUUUCAACAUGGAUGAGUAUGUAGGGCUUCCCAGAAAUCAUCCAGAGAGCUAUCACUCCUACAUGUGGAAUAACUUCUUUAAGCAUAUUGACAUAGAUCCGAAUAAUGCUCAUAUCCUUGAUGGGAAUGCACCAGACUUACAGGCAGAAUGUGAUGCAUUUGAAAAGAAAAUUGAAGAAGCAGGGGGGAUUGAUCUGUUUGUUGGAGGCAUUGGUCCAGAUGGCCACAUUGCAUUCAAUGAACCCGGAUCAAGUUUGUCUUCAAGAACAAGAUUAAAGACUUUAGCAAUGGACACCAUUUUGGCAAAUGCUAAAUACUUUGAUGGAGACUUAUCUAAAGUACCAACUAUGGCGCUAACAGUUGGUGUGGGUACAGUGAUGGAUGCUAGAGAAGUAAGAACUCAUUUAGUUCUAGUUGCAUGUGUGUUUUCAAGAUUAGUUGGUAUUGAUACUGGGAUUGAAAGUAAAGAGACCUUUGUUUUGCAGGUGAUGAUUCUUAUAACAGGUGCACACAAGGCUUUUGCAUUGUACAAAGCAAUUGAAGAAGGAGUCAAUCAUAUGUGGACAGUUUCUGCUUUCCAGCAACACCCUCGCACUAUCUUUGUGUGUGAUGAAGAUGCUACUUUAGAACUAAGAGUUAAAACUGUGAAGUACUUUAAAGGUUUAAUGCAUGUGCACAAUAAGCUUGUGGACCCACUGUACAGUAUGAAAGAAAACUGAAAGAAGACUGAAGAGGAACUCCAUGUGGGUCAGCAGCAAGAGUUUUAGGUAGCAGAUGAGUUCACUGCUAUGCAAUAUGCUGAAAACUGUUUAAAAUGGGAAAUCCUAGGUACUGUAUUUUUAAAAAGGUCCAAUAUCUGUACAUUCACAUUCCAUCUGUUUGCUGUGUUGUGCAUUUUGGUUUAACAUUUGAAGCUCUGCUGUUGGCUGGUACAUCACUAAAUGGAACAGAACAAACUUGGGAGAGACUGCACGUUACGUAGAAUGGGUAAAAGCAGAGCACUUACUCUAGCACAGCAAUGUACUGCAUCUGCCUCUUGUUAGAGAUGAUGACACUUCAUUUCCCAGAAUUCUUAAUUUUUGGCUUGGUUAGUGUAACUACAUUUUGCAUUUGUGUCUCUAGGCAGAAUGGUUUUGGCCUUUGCUAAUACUAUGGACUUGUAAUAGUUGUACAAUUUCUACUAUGAAAUGUUCUGUUUACAUAUAUCUAAUGUACACUGAGCUUCUGCACUUGGUUGCCUUAAAUUUGUCUUAAACAGUUUUUGGGCAUCUCAAGUCCUGCUGUAUAUUUCGGGCAAAUGAAGAUACAAAAACAGUGCCUAAAAAUGCACCAAAUUCUUUGAAGUUACAACAUACUCCAUGGAUAAAAAAUAUUAAACUUCUACAAUAGCACUUUUUCCUCUCAAGUACUUCAAAUUACUUUAGGAUUUUUAUAUUUUUGGUAAUAAAGCUUUAUACAUAAGGAAGAAAUCUCAGUGUUCCUUCCUGGAGGUACCUGGUCAAUUAUAUAACUGAUGUUACAAUUAAAGGCCUGAAGAGAGCUUAAUUUACAGGACUAUAAUGUCUGCAAAUGAUCAUUUAAAGCCAACUGUUAAUCACUUUUUCAUUGUAUCAUUAUAAACAUUGAGCUGUUACAAGGAAUGUUAUUUCCUACUUUGAAUAUAAGUAAAACUUAAAUAUAAA